GUGCGACCGCUUGUGUAUACGCUAUUCCUGCAUUCGUUUCCAUCUAUAUUUGGGUAGAUAGCAGGAGAGCCGACGAAUUCAUUUCAUCCACAGCUCUUGGCGAGAGAAGAAGUUUGGCUGCCCAAGCUCCGAUUAUUCUGACGCAUGAUUAUUUGAUACACAGUGCAGUGAAGUUGGUGUGAAAUUUGUGUAGUGGAACUGAAAAAUCAUCUAAAUUAAGGAUUAAAUUGUGCUGAUUGGUUCCAAUUCAACCACUUCAGGAUGUGGCUGAAAACGUUGAGUGCUACUGCAGUGCGACUUGAGGCUCAAAAGCACAGCUCGUUGCAGAAAUUAUGCAGAACAUUCUCGACCCAGCUGAGUGAACCAAGUGGACCAUCUGUCAAAACUGCUAUCCCUGGACCGAAAUCGAAGGAUCUGUUGAAGCAACUGAAUUCCCUGCAGCAAGGCGGGUCGGUUCAGCUGUUUGCCGAUUACGAGCGAUCCGUUGGUAACUACUUGCAGGAUGUCGACGGCAACGUGCUGUUGGAUAUUUAUACGCAGAUCUCGUCCGUCCCGCUGGGUUACAACCAUCCGGAGCUGCUGAAGGUGUUCAAAAAUGAUCACAAUCUGAAAAGUCUCAUCAACCGUCCUGCGUUGGGUGUUUUUCCGGGUGAGGAUUGGCCGGGCAAACUUCAAAAUGUCCUAAUGUCUGUCGCUCCAAAGGGUCUUGAUUACUUGACAACGAUGAUGUGUGGCUCAUGCUCAAAUGAAAAUGCAUUCAAGAAUAUUUUUAUUUGGUACCAGAGCGUACAGCGCGGCGAAAAUGUUCAAUUCACCCAGGAAGAAAUCAACUCAUGUAUGGUCAACCAGACUCCGGGUGCACCGAAGUUGAGUAUCUUGAGCUUCCAUGGAGCAUUCCACGGUCGCACAAUGGGAACCCUUUCUACCACUCACUCCAAAUACAUCCAUAAGAUCGAUAUACCGUCGUUCGAUUGGCCUAUUGCGCCGUUCCCGAAGUACAAGUACCCGCUUGAAGAACAUGUUCGUGAGAAUGCCCAAGAAGACGCUCGCUGUCUAGCGGAAGUGCAAGACCUGUUCGAGAAGUAUGCCAAGAAGGGUAUUCCAGUUGCGGGGGUCAUCAUCGAACCGAUUCAGAGCGAGGGUGGCGAUAACGAGGCGUCUCCUGAAUUCUUCCAACAGCUGCAGAGAAUAACCAAGAAGAACGGAGCUGCCCUGCUGAUCGAUGAAGUACAAACGGGAGGAGGGCCAACGGGCAAGAUCUGGUGCCACGAGCACUUCAAUUUGGACAGUCCUCCGGAUGUAGUUACCUUUAGUAAGAAAAUGCAACUGGGAGGAUACUUCCACAGCUUGAACCUAACUCCACAGCUGCCCUACCGAGUGUUCAACACAUGGAUGGGUGAUCCAGGAAAAGUCCUUCUAUUGGAAUCGAUCUUGAACGUUAUCAAGUCGGAAGCAUUGCUGCAGAACGUGGAGAAAACCGGUGCUAAACUGAAGCAGGGAUUACUCCAGGCACAGAAGGACUUCCCACAUUUGCUCAACUCUGUUAGAGGUCGCGGAACAUUUUUGGCAGUUAACUGCGCCAAUGCAAAGAUGCGUGAUGAUGCCGUUUCAGCCUUGAAGCAGAAGGGUGUGCUUUCGGGUGGCUGCGGAGAUUUGAGCAUUCGCUUCCGGCCGGCGCUAAUAUUCCAGGAAAAGCACGUUGAUAUUUUCUUGGAUAAAUUCAACCAGGUUCUCAAGGAGAUCAAAUAAACUAAACUGAAUUGAUUAGCCGAGUAGUUCGUUGGGUACAAUGAUAGGAAAGGCUUCUAAUCUCUUUGUCAGAGAAUUGCAUUUACGUUACCGUUCGCAUAUAGGUAUAUCUGCACAAAAUGACUAACCUAGCAUUGCGCCAAGGAUGCAUUAAGAUUUGCCAUUGGAGACACAAAUAAUAGAUAUAUUGAUAACAUGUUGAGACAAAGAAUAGUAUUAAAGCAGAAACACAUACAACUAAUAUUCCAAACAUUGCCAUUGCAUCGAAAGUGCGAACAUUUGUCUUCCAGAGAAUUGUGAUUUCCAAGAAAAUCGAUGUAUGUAAUAUGUGUGGAAAUAUAGAUAAAUGUUGUCGCAAA